UAUAUAUAUAUAUAAUUAAGAAACCCCAAGAAACCCCCAAAAUCAGAAUUGGACAAGAGGACUAUUUGGAGAUUCUACUUUUGUCACGUCUGGUAUGAUAAGGAUAGAACAUCCAGGCAACGUAGAAAUAAUAGACUGACGUGUUGGUCAACCGAGUUUAAUAUCCAGGAUGCGGCUAUUCAUUGAAAGUAUUGCACUGACAGAAAUCAAGGAACAACUAAAACAAAUAUUACAAUUAGCAUGGAUAACGAUGAUAACACAGUUUAUGAUAGUAUUACCAACUAUUUCUUCUCUAAUAAUAGCCGGACAUCUGAGUAAAGAGAGCCUGGCUGCUACAGGAAUGGGAAUUACGGUUUUAAACGUUAUGGCCUUUGUCGUCAUCAUUGGAUUAUCAACAGCCUCAGAAAUACUUUUUGCACAAACAAACGGCAGUUCUAACAGAUCCUUGCUGGGUAUCACCGUACAAAAGAGUUUACUGAUAAAGACACUUGCCACCUUUCUGCUGAGUUCAAUUCUUGUUCACACAAACUCGAUAUUGUUAUUGCUUGGUCAAACAGAGGAGAUUUCGCAGAUGACCCACGAGUUUAUCUUGACUUGUAUACCAGGCAUGUUUGGAUUUACAGUAUUGAUGGUAGAAAUAAAGUACCUACAAGCACAAAAAAUAGUAAAGCCAUGUCUAGUAACUGGUGUAUUAGCCAAUGCUCUACACGUUUGCUAUAACUUAGCUUUUGUAUAUGGAUUAAAAAUAGGGAUUGUUGGGUGUGGAAUAGCUUUAAGUUUAACGUUUUGGGUUUGGGCUUUGUUUUUAUUUGCAUACAUAAAGAUUUCUAAGAUAUACAAAGACACGUGGGCUGGAUUGCAUUUUGAUUGUCUGAGAAAUUGGGGCUCCUUUUUAAAAUAUGGAUUACCAGGUAUGUUAAUGCUUCAGAUAGAAAUGAUCUGUUUUGAAAUUUAUGCAAUAUUAUCUGGUCUUCUGGGGCCCGUUCAGUUGGCAAUUCAUAUUAUUGCAAAUGAGGUUGUUAAUGUGUUCUUCAAUGCAGUUUUUGGAAUUACUACAGGAGCUACAGUUCAGAUAGCAAAUCAUUUAGGUGACGGUAAUAUUCGGAAAGCCAAGAUUGCAACUUUAUUGACUAUAUUGUUAGCAGUUGUUAUUCCCGCGCUGAAUUCAUUUAUUCUGCUCUCCUUUCAUAGUGUUAUACCAUUUAUUUUCAGCAACGACCAAAACGUUAUUUCUUUGGCGAAACCUUUAUUACUAAUUGUAUGCUUCGAGGUUAUAUUUGACGGUAUGAUGAUAAUUGAAGGGGGUAUCUUACGGGCUUUGGGGAAACAUUUUUAUGGGGCUGUUAUUAAUGUUUGCUUCCUGGGAAUCCUCUCUAUACCAAUGGCAGUAUAUCUUAUGUUUUGGACCUCUUUGCACGUUAUGGGAGCUUGGAUCACUCUGAGUUGUAGUACAUGUAUUAUUGCAACAUGUUUUUUUAUUAAGAUAUGUUUUACAGACUGGGAACAAGAAAUUAAGCGUGCCCAGUUUAAUGCUGGUGUGCAAGAUGCGACUCGUGAAAGUAAAGAAAAUACUUUACUUAUUGAUCAAUCAAACUACAUGUUUUCAAAAACCACAAUCGUCAUAAUGCGUUCAAUCCAAGCCUCUCUUUGUGUUUCUAUUUUCAUUGUAUCAAGCGUAUUCAGUUAUUUCUAAUUCUUGUUAGAACCCAACAAUACAAGAAUCAAUUUAAUAUUUUG